AUGACUGAUACUAAGAAAGCUGAGCUGGACGUGCGACGCUCCGACAGUCUGGAGAAAAAGGAUGAUAUUUCACCUGGGACGAUUCGAGACAUUGGAGCAGACCUCUAUGCGGAGGUGGAGCAAUUAUCGCCAGAGGAACUGGAGGAAGAAGGGAUCAGAGUACGGAAGAUGUUAGACCGCAGGAUCUUGCCGAUUUUCGCCUCCUCAGCUAUACUUAACCUAUACAAGCUUUCGCUCAACUACGCCUCCGCUUAUACUCUCAUUCCAGAUCUCGGUCUAGAAGGCCAGAGAUAUUCUUGGGUUGCUGCUAUUUUCAACUUUGGGUACCUGUUCUGGGCAAUCCCGGCGAAUCUCCUGAUUCAACGAUUGCCCCUAGCGAAGUAUAUGGGUGGAGUCAUCAUGAUUUGGGCCGGCCUCGUUAUUGCGCAUAUCGGCGCUAAGAAUUAUGCGGGUAUCCUAGUCUUGAGAUUCCUGUUGGGCAUGGCAGAGGCAUGUGUAAGUCCGUGCAUGAUGAACUUCACUUCUAUGUUCUACAAGAGAUCCGAACAGCCCCUGCGCAUGAGUAUCUGGCUCUCUGGCAACGGCAUGGCCACGAUGAUCGGAGCGCUACUCGGUUUCGGACUGGGCCAUUCUCAUAAUACCAAACUUCAUAGCUGGCAGCUCAUCUUCCUCACGAUCGGUCUGAUGAACUUCACCACUGGUUGUCUCUUCCUCUGGCUGAUGCCCGACUCACCGAGCUCCGCAAAGUUCCUCACUCACCGGCAACGUGUUGUGGCUGUUCAGCGAGUAUCAGAGAACAUGAUCGGGGUCAAAACCAAGCAGAUCAAGCCGCGUCAGGCCCUCGAAGCAUUAUAUGACCCCAAAGUCCUCUUCUGCUUAGGAAUUGGAAUUGGCUGCGGCGUCAUCAACGGCGGCGUAUCGAACUUCGCCUCCGCGCUCAUCAAGGGUUUCGGCUUCAGCGGCAUCUACGCAACCCUUCUCCAGCUCCCCACGGGGGCCAUCGAAGCCGUCGUGGUGCCCAUCUGCGGCCUGGUCUCGACGUACGUCCGCGACUCGCGCUGCCUCGUCCUCGCCGUGGUAUGCCUCAUCCCGUUCGGCGGUCUCCUCGGCAUCCGAUUCACCAGCCUCGACCACAGAUGGACUCUGGUCGGCUGCACCUGGCUGCAGUACAUCAUCGGCGCACCAGUCAUUGUGUCUUGGAACCUCUUAGCGACAAAUGUCGCUGGACAUACCAAGCGCUCGAUGGCCAAUGGCAUGUGGUUCACCAUGUACGCAGCAGGCAACGUCGCCGGCGCCAACAUCUUCUUCGCCCGUGAAGCGCCCCGGUACCACUCCGCUUUGACAGGUCUGCUAAUCUGCUAUGCUGGCAUGAUUGUCCUAGCACUUUCGUCAUAUCUAUACAUGAAAUGGGAGAAUCUGCGGAGAGAUCGCAAGGCGUCGCCGGAAGACAGUCCCACGCGGCGUGAGGAAGCCGCCAUUCUUGAUGGGUUCAAGGACUUGACCGACAUGGAGUCAAAGAACUUUCGUUAUGCGUUAUAA